CUCUGCAAAACCAGCCUUAAAGCCGAGUCUUCGACGUCCCAAAACACCGAACGCAAGGCGAAGCGAGCUACUCCGAAACAAGAUCGCAAAAAAUCCCAAACCCCCAACGGCCAUGUCGCCCCUGCUCCUCCUCCUCCUCGCCGCCGCCGUCGCCGCGGCGGCGGCCGGCGACGCGUUGCCGAACGGCGCGGCGAACGACCUCCUCCCCAAGUACGGCCUCCCGAAGGGCCUCGUCCCUGACUCCGUCGCCUCCUACACCUUCGACGAGGCCACUGGCCGCUUCGAGAUCCACCUCACCGGCACCUGCUACGUCCACUUCGGCUACCACCUUGUCUACUACGACAAGACUAUCAAGGGAACCCUCUCCUACGGCGCCAUGUCCGACCUCUCUGGUGUCCAGGCUAAGAAGCUCUUCAUCUGGGUCUCCGUCACCGGCAUGGUCGCGCACCCCAAACAGGGCACCAUCGAGUUCCAGGCCGGGUUCGUCUCCGAGUCGCUGUCGGCGUCGAUGUUCGACGAGGUGCCCGCCUGUGGCAAAGGCGUCGGCGCGCAGCUGCGCGGCGCGGCGGGGGUGAUCCGGGAGCUUGGGCUGCUCCCCGUUGAGGAGGCUUGAACGUCAGGCUCAGAAUCCACUUGCAGCAAACAUCAGUACCUUCAACUUGGCUGUCGUCAGAUGAUAAGAACGCUCAGAGCCUUUGAGCGCAGGAGGUUCCGCUGUGAUGUUGCUGCUCAGCUUGUAUGUGCAUGUGGUUUCUCUCUAAUGGACACACAUUAUCUGUAGAAAUGUAUAUCCAUACGCUGUUGCUGAACCUGUGUAGAGUUCAGAUGAGUCCUCAAUCUCUGUUGCACUCGGAGUAUCACAUAUUCGUGUGUGAAGAAGCCUUGAGCUGAGCAUAUCGGGCCCCCAAAACUGUAGUGGAUUAUACGUGUGGUUUGAAAAGUUUACAACUUCGGUCAUGAUUUGUUAUUAUUGCCACCA